UCUGGCAGCUCAGACACAUUCACGCUCUGCCAUCCAUCCGUCUCUGCACCUCCAACAUCUUCACUCUCUCCUCCCCUAUAUUUCUCCUUCAUUAACCCCAUCUAUCCCCCUUCAUUCUCAUCUUUUCCCAUCCUUUAAUCACUUUCCAAAGUUACAAAUAUGGGCUGUGGAAAUUCAACAGCUACCACUACUUCUCCAGCAGGUCCAGCUGAUUCGGCCAAAGAUGUGCAAGAGGAUUCGUCUGUAGAUGAUGAGAAGAGGAGGAACUACGGUGGAGUUUAUGUUGGCAUACCCGCAGACCUCGUGACGCCCGGCCAGAUACCUUCUACACACAAAGGGAAAGCGGAAACUGCUGAGAGCCAAAGAGAGCGCUAAUAAAGCCACAGAAUAAUGAUGUUCAGAGCUGAACACGCAGAUCAAGGGUUGUCCGAAGGGAAUCAGGGCUGAAAAGUGCUGUGCAAUAUUCUCAAAAGGACAAAAUCUUAAUUGCUGAUUGGCUCAUCGGGACAUGACGGAGUCCUUCGAGAGCCAAUCGUUUAAUUGAACUCUCCGGAGACUGAACUGAAAUUAGAUUUGCUAUAGCGAGGUCAGAAGUCAGAGCACACUUUACAGGAAAUUGCUACCAGCAGCUGCUUUCUCAGGACAGCGAUGCACAAGUGUUACGACAAUCAUGGAGCCACGACGAAAUAUACCCAGAGACUGAGGCAUGUUCGCUGGUCCUAAAUGUGAAACGCUCCAUAAUUAUGGUCUCAUUGGUGUCAAGCUGUUUAAAAGAAAGUUUCAAGGCAAUUUUUUUGUCCUCUCAUCUAAUUUUUUGUUCAUUUAUCUGACUGUUUAACAUUAUAGAUUUUCAAGGACUGUGUAAGUAGGUCACUGCGUGCACUUUUCUGCAUCAGGUAAGAGCAUGCAAUCUUGAGAAGAAGAUAGAGAGAUAAGUAUGUUGAGAGAGAGAGAGAGUUUUCACAUCACAGUGAAUGAAUGGCAGAAUCAUGAGAUGUCACUUGACAUUGUAACCUAAUGGCAAAUUUUCUCUUUGUAAAGUCAACAUGGAAUCAAAAUACACCCCGUUUUCUGCUUAAUGCACAUUUUUGGUUUUAUUAUGAAUUAGUCAUCUGAGCAUUUUGGGUUCUUGUAGCUCUAUUGGUUAAGCAUUGCGUUAGCAGCACAAUGGUUAUGGGUUUGAUUUCCAGGGAACGCACAUAUUGAUCAAAUCUAUUUAUUUUAUGCACCGUAAGUUGCUUCAGAUACAAGCAUUUGCCAAAUACAUCAAUGAAUUUGAAUGUAUGUCUGCACUGUAAAUUCACAACAUUUUUGUCAAAUCAACACAUAUUUAUAUUUUACUUUAACCUAAAAAAAAUAGGUAAAACAAUUUCAACUUGAAUUUGUAAGUUAUGUUAAUUUUUUUGAGGCAAAAGUUAAAAUAGUAGGUUGAUAUUCCCAACAUUCCCAGCUUUGUUUGUUUAUAAACCUAUAAAACCUAUGUAUAUUACUGAAUAUGUCUACACUGUAAAAAAGUUGAUUUAACAACUUAAAACAUGAGUAACCUUAAAAUUUUGAGUUCAUUCAACUUGAAAAUAUUAGUUAAAAUAACAUUAUUUAUUUGGAGUCAACUGAUUUUUUUUAGUUUAAUGAACUCAAAAUUUUAAGGCAACCAGGUAACUUAAGUUAAACCAACAAAUAGUUGUUUACAGUGUAGGCAUGUAUGUGUAAAGUAAAUGUUUUAUCUGAAUUGUGAUAAUGCUAAAUCCAGAACAAUAUGAGAUUAAAGGAAAACACCACCAUUUUUCAAUAUUUUACUAUGUUCUUACCCCAAUUUAGACAAAUUAAUACAUACCUAUCUUUUAUCAAUGCGUUCACUUAAUCUUUGUACAGCGCGUCGUGAAUGUGUUAGCAUUUAGCCUAGCCCCAUUCAUUCUUUAGGAUCCAAACAGGGAUGAAUUUAAAAGCCACCAAACACUUCCAUGUUUUCCCUAUUUAAAGACUGUUACAUGAGUAGUUAAACGAGUAAGUAUGGUGGCACAAAAUAAAACGUGAAAAACUGAGAACUAUAUUGUAUGGUGGAAGAGCACUUAGUUUGCAGCACUGCAACUUUGGUGGCGCGCAGUAACAUCAUCACUCCUGACUCCUCCCCCUCUCGCUCAAACUUCCGUCAAUAUUACUACGCCCGAGUCUCUAAAUA